AUGAUUGUCCAAUCCUACAACUUUUCGCUUAAAUAUGAUAUCAUAAUGGCCACAUCAGGUAAGCUAAUUGGAGACUCGACUUCGUUGAUUGGAUAUACUUCUAUAGGAAGCAUUUUACUAUUUCAGAAUAAUACAUCAAAUUUCUUAAAUGUGAAAAGAGAAUUCAAAUCAUUGGGUGUGAUCAACCAAUGUCUCGUGAUGGCAAGUGAGAACACGUUGACAGUUCAUGAUGUUGAGAACAAUUUUGAUCAAUGCUUUAUUGAAGUGCAAGAUGGGAUAAAUACCUUGGCAAUUGGGUAAUAUUAUAAUGGCGAUUCUCUUUAAGAGUUAAUAUUCGUGGGAGGUAAUUGCAGUCUAUAAGGAUUCAAUGUAUAGGGCGAGGAGAUUUAUUGGAAUGUGGCAAGUGAUGAGGUUGCUGCAUUAUGUGUUUUCGGUUUCGAUAAUGAGAAUUAUAUUGUUAUUGGCACAACAGAUAAUUGUGUUAGACUCUUAAGAGGAGUGGACAUAGUAUUCCAAUUUAAUACUCAAUCUUUACCAGUUUCUUUUGCUGGAAUUAUCUAUUUCGAUCAAACUUAUCUUCUGACUGGUAUGGAAAAUGGAUCUAUUAAAUUACAUCGAUAAUAAUUGGAAUUGUGGCACAACAGUGAAGAUUAAGAAAAGAUAUUCAAACUCAUUUGCAAUGAUGAAAAUCAUUUCAUUGUGGGGAGAAGAAAUGGAUAGAUUGAAUUAAGGUCUUUGAUGACUGGUUAAUUGAUUUAAAAGUUAAAUUUGGAUGAAUAAUUGAGUGGAAUGCUUUAUUCUGAUCUAAGAGGUGUUGGAGUUAAUCAAAUUAUUGCAAUAUCCAAAUAAGGCAAUGUCAGAGGAUACACCGUUGUAGAUAAGGAUGCAGACAAUCUGAAUCUAUCUUAAAGUAGAAUUCUCACUGAGUUAACCUAAAAAAAACAAGAAUUGAUGUAAUAAAUGUAAUUAGAUAAAAUGCCUGUUGGGUUAGAUCUAAGAUGUGGAUUUUAGAAAAAUUACACUAAUUAAUGUUUAAAUUUAGUAUUCAUCCUAUCAGAACCUGGAUAUUAUAUCACUUAGGCUAUCAUAUUUCAUGACACAUAUUAUAAGGAAGGAUACAUAGUUAAUAAUCCUCAACCUUCAGAUAAAUUAUUUGCACCUCUGAAAUAAUUGGUUGAUAAUUAGAAGGUUAUUUUAAACUGUAAAGUGUUUGUUUCAUCAAAUCCUCAUGGAAAUUACUUUUUGAUUUUGGAAACAUCUCCCACCUUUCCUAAGUUUGCUAAUUUCUAAUAUGUUGAGUAAGAUCUUAAGAUAUCAUCAUUUGUUGAAGCCAAAAUUAAUGAAAGAGUUCCCAGAUAUGUUAAAUGGAUAGACUAGUGUUUCAAUAUCAAUGAGGAAGUCAAGAAAAAAUUCGAAUCUACAAAUGAGUUCAUAUUCAACACUAUUAAUAUUAUUAAUCAAUAAAAAUUACAGAUUCACGAAGGAAAGGUAACUAUCCGUUGUGAUUCCAUUGCCACUUGUGGUGACAUCAUUCAAGAUCUUUGUGACUUCAUCCAAAUCCAAGAUUUAAUGACAGUCGGAUAGUUCCCUGUUGAAAUGCAAGAGUUCAAAAAGGUACUUGAGGCUGUCCAAUAACAUAAAUCUUCCAAAUUAUAAAUUUCAGGUGAUGUUGCUGAAGCCAUGAAUCUUGUUAAAUCUUAUAUUGUUAAAGCUGAGGAUUCUAGAAUGAUUGGCGAUAUUAGGACUAUGCAAAAAAUGUAUGCUAAUGUGAUGGUUCAGAAUAAAGCCAUUUAGAGUGAACUCUAUAAAAAGAAAUAAAAUAAUGAUAUCUUAAUGAACAACUUAAAAGAAGUUAAUGCCAUGAUCAGCAACGCCAGUUAAUUGAGAGUUGGAAAUGCUAAAAUUGCCAUCACCAAUAUGUGUAGAAAUGCUGUUAAAAAGAAUAAUCUAUUGACACUUAUUGAAGUUAUUUAAUAAGGAAGAGAAAUUUGA